AUGACCACCCAACAGGAUGUCCCUGACCAUGGGGGUCGGCACUUUGGUGGCAGAUUGGUCUUCGUUAUCAUUUUCAUCUGUUUCGGUUCAGCGGCCUUCGGAUUUUCCAACAGCGUCAUAGGUUCAACCCUGGGACAGCCCUCCUUUCUCUCUAAGAUGGGACUGGAUACCUCCAAACACGCUGAUGCUCUGAUCUCUGCUGUGCUCGCUGUGUACUACGCUGGCGGCGUUUUUGGAUCCUUCUGCCACGGCAUACUUGCCGAUCGCUAUGGGCGGAAGAUGUCCGCAACAGUUUCGUGCAUCAUCAUGAUUAUCGCCUCAGCCAUCUGCACCGCGUCAACCAAUAUCACAGUCUACAUUACGUUCCGCUUCUUUUGCGGCUGGUCUUCAUAUCAGUUUCUUUCUACGAUCCCUACCUGGGUCACUGAGAUCACACCUCCUUCUCACCGCGGAAUACUUGGAAAUAUCAUCGCUGUCAACAUCGGGGUAGGCUACGUGGUGGCUGCCUUCAGCUCUGUCGGCUUUUAUUUCGUCAGUGGGGAUAGCCAGUGGCGAGGGUCAACUGGUUUGCAGAUGCUUUUCCCCGGACUCCUUCUUACAGUCAUGUAUUGGCUACCAGAGUCCCCGAGAUAUCUCAUUGCCCAGGGCCGUCAUAAAGAAGCGCUGUCUAGCCUUCAAAGCCUUCACACCAGAAGCGGCCGCGACAGCCAUCACUUUGCUGAAAUUGAAUUCUACCAAAUUCAGAAGCAAAUUGAAUUCGACACUGCCCGAAAGAUGUCGUAUGUCCAGAUAUUUAAACAUCCAACGAUGCGCAAGCGCGCUCUAAUCACCAUCUACUUGACUUGGUGCAUGGUUGGGUCUGGAGUGCUUGUCAUCAACAACUACGGAGCGGCCAUCUUUGCAAGCCUGGGUUAUGGCCCGCUUGAUACCCUCCUCUUCCUGGCUGGCUGGGUUUGCAUCGUUAUGAUUGCCCCCUUUGUCUCCAUGACAUUUGUCGAUAGGGUUAGCCGGACGUACAUGUUCGCCACGGGCUUUUUCCUCUGUAUGUGCACUUUGAUCGUCGAGGCAGCAUUGCAGAAGAACUUCCUGGGAGGUGAAAACAAAGCAGGAUUGGCCGGCGCAGUGGCCAUGAUAUACCUGUACGUCUUCUUCUACGUGGUCUUCCUUGACGGCCCCAUGUUCUUCUACAUUGGAGAGAUCUGGCCGUCGCAGGUGCGCGCACAAGGGUUUUCCCUCGGUAUCGGAGCCAUGUGUCUUUCUAAUCUGGUUUGGACUGCGGCUGCCCCUCAGGCGUUCAACAGCAUCGGGUGGAAAUAUUACAUUCUAUUCAUUGUACAGGCAGCCUUUGGAGGAGUUGCUACUAUUCUCUGGUUCCCAAACACCCUGGGCAAGCCACUUGAGGAAAUUGCGGUCCUUUUCGGCGACGAAUCAGACGUUGUGGUUUUCCAGAGUGAGCUCAAUGAGGCGCACGUCAUUAACGAAAUAGACUUGAAGGGAUCCAGUGGGCAUGAAGAAGUCGAAAAUGUCGAGCACAAGCGAGUCUGA